AUACUAUUAUCAGGCAGUUCUUCAUUAAAACUUGUGAUUCCACUUCCAUGCUUAUGUUGAUUUAGUUUUCAGUUUAGAUUAAAUCUCCUAUUAAUCCAGAAGAAAUUGAUUUUCAAUAAUGGAUGCUAAUAAACUCUCUUACUUACUAGCAAGUGUGAUGUGUGUUGUGAUUUUAGGUGCAGAUGCAAAAAUCAUCCAACCACCGCCGGCGACACUCCCAACUUGUGGCCAAUCACAAUCGCCACGUGUAACCGUCGGAGCUGGCAUUGCAAUGAACGAGUUUCCCUGGACGGCGCUGAUCGGGUACGAGAAACCAAGUGGAGCAAUGGAAUUUCUUUGCGGAGCUGCACUGAUCCACAAACGCUACGUUGUUACGGCUGCCCAUUGCAUCGUCUCGAUUCCUUCUGGUUGGAAGGUAAAUCGCGUUCGUCUUGGUGAAUGGGAUCUGAGCAAGUCCCCAGACUGUGAGGGAGACUUGUGCGCACCAACACCGAUCGAUGUGAAUGUAGAGAGAAUAAUUGCCCACCCGGAGUUUACCAAGGGUGGUAAAACUGCUAUCAAUGACAUUGCAUUAAUCCGAUUCGAUCGGGAUGUCACGUUUUCCGAGAUGGUCCAUCCUGUAUGCCUACCAACGACUGCUUUGGUGCAAAACGCGGACAAUGAGGCUGGCUUAGCUUAUAGUAGUGGCUGGGGCCGAACAGUCGCUAUGUUGCAGAGUGAUAGGAAACAGAAAAUCGUCAUGAAUAUUAAGAAUCCUACGGAUUGCACUGCAGCAUAUGAACCAUUUGGAGUGGACAUACAGACCACACAACUGUGUGUUGCUGAUAGUGGUAACCUAGACGCAUGUCGAAUCGAUGCUGGUGCUCCACUGAUGCGAGAGAUCGAAGGAGCCUGGUACUUGUUGGGUGUAGCUAGCUUUGGACCGAAACACUGUGCAACUAAUAAGAUUCCGGAUGUGUAUACCAAGGUGCUAGAGUACACGAACUGGAUUCAGGAUAACAUUAACUGAUUCUAGAUUUAUUGGACCACAUUUGUUUGGCAAUAAGCAUUUGAAGCUUGAAGAAUAUUAUUUAAUAAAUAGAAUACAUUUA